AUGGAUCAGAGCAUGGAGUUCAGCCGGAGCGGCGCGUGGAGCCUGACCCGGACUCCCCGGAGAAGCGACGCUGCCAUUGCCGACGAGGAGGCGGCUGUUUUGUGGGCGGCGCUCGAGAACCUCCAGAGCUCCGGCGGUCAGAGCAACGGUUCCGUUUCCGAUGAACCGCCGUCUCUUCACAAAUUUGAUAACGUGGACUUCGCCAAGAUGGAGCCCACCGACCGCCGGCUGUUCAUCGAUCGGAUCUUGAAGACGGCCUGCGAAGAUAACUCUGCUUUUCUCAUGAAGCUGCGCGACCGGAUUGAUAAGGCUGGAAUCCAACUUCCAACAGUUGAAGUAAGGUUUGAGAAUCUUAAAGUUCAGGCAGAUUGCCACGUAGGCAGCAGAGCUCUACCUACGCUGUUGAACGAGUCCAUCAAUAUGAUUGAGUCGUUAGUUGGUCUAUUUGGCGUGAGGCUAACUGGAAUAACCAAGCUUAAAAUCCUGAACGGUAUCUCCGGGGUUAUAAGACCCUCAAGAAUGACGCUGCUUCUGGGCCCUCCAUCUUCAGGAAAAACGACACUAUUGCAUGCUUUAGCUGGAAAGCUCCAAAAAUCACUUGAGGUGAGUGGCGAUGUAUCGUAUAAUGGAUACGAGUUAAAUGAAUUUAUACCUCAAAAGACAGCAGCAUAUAUUAGCCAAAACGACACGCACACUGGAGAGUUAACUGUAAAGGAAACGUUAAGUUUCUCUGAAAGAUGUCAAGGCGUGGGUGAUAGAUAUGAACUUCUUAGUGAGCUGGCAAGAAGGGAGAAGGCUCAAGGAAUUGUACCAGACCCAGAGGUGAAUCUCUUCAUGAAGGCUACUUCUGUUGAAGGUGAACAAAUUGAUCUUCAAACAGACUACACAAUUAGAAUUCUGGGCUUGGAUAUAUGCUCUGACAUUAUUGUUGGUGAUGAAAUGAGAAGAGGGAUAUCAGGAGGUCAAAAAAAACGUGUUACCACAGGUGAGAUGAUUGUAGGCCCUACAAAGACACUCUUUAUGGAUGAGAUAUCUACAGGGUUGGAUAGCUCAACUACACAUCAAGUUGUGAAAUGCUUUCAACAAAUUGUGCAUUUGGGUGAAGCUACCAUACUUAUGUCACUUCUCCAGCCUGCACCGGAGACAUUUAACCUGUUCGAUGACAUUAUUCUACUCUCCGAGGGCCAAAUUAUCUAUCAAGGUCCUCGUGAUCAUGUUUUAGAAUUCUUCCAAAGCUGUGGCUUCCAUUGCCCUGAAAGAAAGGGCAUUGCUGACUUCUUACAAGAGGUUACAUCAAGAAAGGAUCAACAGCAAUACUGGGCAAACACGAUCAAACCAUAUGAAUUUGUGUCCACUGCUGAAUUCAUUAAACUCUUCAAUCGAUUCCAUGUUGGAAGAGAUCUGCAAAGCAGACUUUCAAUACCUUUUGACAAGAGAAAGAGCCAUAGAGCAGCUUUGGUCUUCACCAAACGAUCCACUCCUCUUAAAUUUCUCCUCAAAGCAUCCUUUGCCAAGGAAUGGCUUCUCGUAAAGAGGAACUCCUUCAUUUACCUCUUUAGGGCGAUACAGCUUGCCACAUUUGCAUUUGCCACUUCAACUGUUUUUUUGAGAACAAACAUGAAAGCAAAUACUGAAGCUGAUGGGACGGUCUGUAUUGGGGCACUACUCUAUGGCAUGCUUAUGCAUUUUUUUAGUGGAUUUUCUGAGCAAGCUCUUGCUAUCUCAAGGUUACCGGUGUUCUACAAACAAAGGGACCUUCUCUUCUAUCCGACAUGGGUUUUUACCCUGCCAAAUUGCAUCAUAAGGAUUCCCCUAUCUAUUAUGGAGGCUGCUGUCUGGGUGAUUGUGACAUAUUAUUCCAUAGGUUUUGCCCCGGAAGCUAGCAGGUUUUUCAAGCAGUUCCUCAUAUUCAUACUGGUCCAGGAGAUGGCAGCUGGCCUUUUCAGACUGAUUGCAGGUCUGACCAGAUCCGUGACUGUAGCCAAUACUUGGGGAAGCGUUCUUACACUGACGCUAAGUUCUAUUGGUGGCUACACCUUACCUAAAGCUUUGCUACCCAAUUGGUGGAUGUUUGGUCACUGGCUUUCCCCGUUGACAUAUGCGUUUACUGCUCUUACAAUCAAUGAGAUGUCUUCUUCUAAGUGGAUGGAUAAAUUUGCACCAGAUGGCAGAAGACUGGGGGUAGCAAUCCUAGAGAAUAUCGAUCUCGUCACAGAUCAGAACUGGUAUUGGAAAUCAGCUGGGGUUCUUCUAGGAUAUUCCAUCUUCUUUAACAUUCUUUUUGCACUUUCCCUGAUGUAUCUAAAUCCUCCCGGAAGGCCAAAUCCAGUCAUGCCUGAAGAAACAACUGCUAAGAUGGAAACCAAAGGAGAUCAAUGUGUGGAUAAUGGAAACAAGAUAGAAGUUGAGGUUCAAAGUAGUUGUUGUCGCUCUAGCAGCAACGCAACUGAGUGGCGUAGUUAUGAAACAUAUAGGAAUGAAGUCUACAAAUCUUCUUCUAAAAGAGGAAUGGUUUUUCCUUUUACACCCCUUGUUAUGACUUUCAAAGAAGUGAACUACUAUGUUGAUAUACCUCCAGCAAUGAAGGGACAAAUAAUUAAAGAAGAUAAGCUUCAACUGUUGAGGGAAAUUACUGGGACCUUUCGUCCCGGAAUACUUACAGCCCUGAUGGGAGAGAGUGGAGCUGGGAAGACAACACUAUUAGAUGUCUUGGCAGGAAGGAAAACUGGUGGAUAUAUUGAAGGAGAUAUCCAGCUUGCUGGCUACCCUAAGAAACAAUCAACUUUUGCAAGGAUUUCUGGAUACUGUGAACAAGUUGAUGUUCACUCUUCUCAGCUCACUGUCAAGGAGUCACUCACCUUCUCUGCAUUAUUGCGUCUUCAGGGAAUUAGCAUAGAAGAUAAACUUAGAUUUGUUGAGGAAGUGAUGGAAUUGGUUGAGCUUGAUAACCUCAGGGAUGCGUUGGUGGGAAUUCCAGGAAUCACCGGUCUUUCCACAGAGCAAAGGAAAAGGCUGACAAUUGCUGUGGAGCUUGUUGCAAAUCCUUCCAUCUUAUUCAUGGACGAACCAACAUCGGGUCUUGAUGCAAGAGCAGCUGCUAUUGUCAUGAGAACAGUGAGAAACACUGUCAACACAGGAAGAACUGUUGUCUGUACCAUCCACCAACCAAGCAUUGACAUAUUUGAAUCCUUUGAUGAGUUACUCUUGCUGAAACGAGGGGGCCAAGUAAUUUUUUCAGGACCAUUGGGCGAGAAUUCUCAGAAGCUAAUAGAAUAUUUUGAGGAAAUUCCCGGAGUUCAGAAAAUCGAUGAUGGAGCCAACCCAGCGGCAUGGAUGUUGGAAACAAGUUCUGUUGCCACAGAAGCAAAACUAAAAAUUGAUUUUGCACAGAUAUAUAAAUCUUCUCCACUGCACAAGCGAAAUGUGGUAUUGGUUGGAGAACUUAGCAAGCCAUUGCCUGGCGCAACUGAUCUUUACUUCUCAACUGAAUAUGCCCAAUCUACUUAUGGCCAAUUCAAAAUCUGUGUAUGGAAGUACUGGUCUAUAUAUUGGAGGAGUCCAGGGUACAAUCUAUCAAGACUAGGCAUGGCCUUUGUCACUGCUCUAGUGCUAGGCUCAAUUUAUUGGAAAAUUGGCCAGCGCAGAGAAAAUUCGAAAGAGCUUAUGUCUGUUAUCGGAGCAAUGUUCCUUGCUGUAGAAUUUAUUGGCUUUGCCAAUUGCUCUACCGUACAACCACUCAUCAAUACUGAGAGGUCGGUGUUUUACCGUGAAAAUUCUGCAGGGAUGUACUCGGCAUUACCAUACGCUCUUUCUCAGGUAGUUGUUGAAAUACCGUAUGUCCUCUUCCAGGCAUUUUACUACACGCUUGUUGUGUAUUACAUGAUGAGCUUCCAGUUGACUGCAAUGAAAUUCCUGUGGUUCUUCUCCAUCUCUUUUAUCUCCUUCCUUUACUUCACAUACUACGGGAUGUUAUCUGCGGCGGUGUCUCCGAACUUACAAGUAUCUGCUAUAAUUUCUACCAGCAUCUUUUUUUUCUUUGAUCUUUUCUCUGGGUUCUUCAUCCGUAGACCAGAAAUUCCGGUGUGGUGGAUCUGGUAUUCCUGGAUCUGUCCUGUGUCAUGGUCAUUAUAUGGGUUGAUUGUGACUCAAUACAGUGACAUUCAUGACAAGAUAAAGGUUCCAGGUGAGGAAGAUCAACAAAUCAGAGACUAUGUUAUGAACCAUUUUGGUUACAGGGAUGACUACCAAGGCCUUAUGAUUGUUGUGCUUGUGGGAUUCACGGUCUUCUUCGCCUUCAUGUACACUUACUGCAUUAGAUCUUUGAAUUUCCAACAGCGGUAGAGGAAAAGGGAAUUCAAUGGUCUAACAAUUUGGUGAUUUUCAGAGGAACACCAAUUCAAGGUAUUUAGAUGAAUAAUAAGUUCUAGAUAGAUAAUUAUUUCUUUUUAUUUGAAAAUGUGAAAAUGUCAACGCGUGAAGGUUUAAUUGACAUGCUAGGGGUAUUUUUGGAUUUCUUCGCAUUGAUGUGGAUUAUUGCUUGUAUUUUUUUUUUUAAUUAUUGGCAUGCAUUAUUUUAGAUCCCUUUUUGGACAUGUAAAAGUUGCUUCACCCAUUAAAUAGUGAUUGUUAAAGGAAACUUUGGAAAUGCAACAUUGAAAUUUAGCCAAUAAAAGUGAUUAUGAGGUUAUUUUUAAAACUUA